GUCACAUGGACACGUGAUGAACAGAUAAAUAAAUAUCAAACAGAAAGUGACGUUUAUUUUAAAAGAAUAACAUAACAAAUCUUAGUUUUUAUGGAAACUAACCGAAAAUAUGCGGUUCCCAUUAAAGAGUUACAAAACUGAGCCCAUUUAGGUGUGCGUUUUAACAAUGUUUCACAAAGCUGAGAGCUCCAAGGGCAGUUUUUUGGAACAAACUAAAGCAGCCAGAGAAGAAAGGGCUUUGGAAAAACGAAGAGAAAAUGCUGCUGUGUUGAUACAAUCAAAUAUCAGAGGAUGGUUACAACGACUCAAAUUCUCGAAGAACAUAUUAGAGGAAUUUGAUUCAGUGGUACCAGAAUUACCAGAAAAUUUUACAAAGCAGCAGCUUAAACCAGCAUUAGAAAUUUACCAUCAGAGUCUAAGGCUAUUAAUAAUAUGGAGAAAAGAAAGAGACAAGGAAAGGUUUGCCAAAUUGUGUCGAUAUUUGGUGGCAUCACUUGAUUCAGAUUCACCAAAAUUCAGUUAUGUUGGCGUCGCUUUAAACAAAGAACAUGUGAUAAAAUGGAUCUCUCAUAUGAAUAAUAUAUUAUGGAAAUGCUGUGACUAUUUAAAUGAUUUAAAACCUGAACUUACCUUUGACAUGAAACUUAUUGUGCUAUAUUUACAUGUACUCAUUGCUUUUACAAGUACAAACACUUGGAUUGUUUUAAAGAAUAAAAAUAUGGAAGUUCUGAAGAGUGGCUUAAAUCAGUUGUGUUCCAAUCUGAUGGGUCAAUUGUUUCAUAAGGGAUUCUAUUUAAUGCUCAAGAAUCUCCUUCUGCGAGGGUUGGGACGGAUAAAGAUAGCUUUCAAGACAGUUUCAAUCACAGCUAUAUUAACACUUGCUUUAAGACCAUUAAUAUCUGCUAGUUUUUCUGAUAAAUUUAUGACAAUAUUUUUAAUAAAUGUUCUGUCAGUUCCUGGAUUGAUACAUCAUUUGCAACAACUUUCACCUGAGUCUUUAACUACACUGCAGCAGCAUCAGAUUUUUACUAGAAGUUUGGAACUUUUGUCUAGUCAACAAUCUAUGCGUAUUGUUUUUAAUACUUUGGAAGGAAGCUAUGCCUUAUGCCUCUUGGCUAAUUUAAUUCAAUUGGGUUACAUUGAAAGAAAUACUACUUUGAAGAAUUUGUGUUUUCCAACAUUUACGGUUGUAGUUACUGGUCUCUUAGAAAGCUGUCAGAACUAUGUUGUAAGCAAACAGUCUGCGCUGACACACUGGCAUCCUGUUUUGGGUUGGUUUGCUCAAGCAAUGGAUCCCGGGCUGCAUUCAGCUAUACCCCAUAUUAAAGUUCAAUUACAUUUGCUGUGGCAUGUCGAAAUACUCCAAAUUUUAUUAGGUAAUUUUUUGUCGGAAUUGGUUGCUGGAGUGGAGCCUCCCGUUGCUCCUCUUAGUCCCACCCAAAGUACUGCUUUUGGAGGGACAAAUUUCUUUAAAAAAAUGCUAGAAAGUAGGGGAAAUAGAAGUACUGCCCAGAAGAGUUAUAGGGCUCUAGGAAGCCCGGAAGUCCACAGAGUGGUUUUGAUUUGUUCCAUGUAUCAUACAGCUUUGAAUACUCUUACCCAAUUGCAAAUGGAUAUCUUGACAGGAUUGUGUUACCAGAAUACAGUCCUUUAUGACUUGUGGCUAUUUCUUUGUUCCUUGGGACCAAAUUGUGGUUUGAAAACAUUUCUGGACCAUUUGGCAUUUAACACGAAAUGUUCAGCCCCCGAAUUCCAAAUGUUAGAACUUUUUGGGGAUUGCAUGACUCAUUAUGUUACAUUAUUGGAUGAUAUGGAGAUGUAUGAGAAACAAGAACCAUUUCGUUUAUGUGACUUUGUAGCAAUGUCUAACUUUCUGAAUGUUUUUUUGUAUAAAGCGGUAUUAGGUAAUCUUUUUGAUAUAAAAACCAUUCAAAACAACUCACUGUUUGAGUCCCUACAUACACUUUUGCAAGUAUUAUACAAAAGGAAUUGUUGGCGCAGUUACGCUCCACCCGGGCACUGGUUGAUUAAAGAUAUUAAAGUAUCUGCUUUCUUAGUCGACCUUGAGAAAGGACGACGAGCGCCACAAUUGCUACUGCAGAUGAUGCCACAUAUCAUACCCCACGAAGAUAGGGUUAGACUCUUUAGAAAAUAUAUUACGAAUGAGAAAACGGUUCUAGGAUUAACGGAAUCAGCCUGCGCUUCACCGCAGUCAACUUUAAUAACUGUUCACAGGAAUCGCAUUGUAGAAGAUGGGUAUCGACAACUGGCUCUCCUGCCGUCCCAAGCAUUAAAGGGUGUAAUAAGAGUAAGGUUUAUAAAUGAAUUAGGUUUAGAUGAGGCGGGCAUAGAUCAAGACGGAGUUUUUAAAGAAUUUCUCGAGGAGAGUAUCAAGAGGGUGUUUGAUCCCUCUUUGAAUCUGUUCAAGGCGACAAGCGAGGAACGUUUGUAUCCAUCUCCUACUUCGCACUUGCAGGAUAAUCACCUGCAGCUCUUUGAAUUUGUCGGACGCAUGUUGGGCAAAGCAGUGUAUGAAGGAAUAGUUGUUGACGUGCCAUUUGCUUCAUUUUUUCUUAGCCAAGUUUCCGGUCAAACGUCGCAAACCAUGUACAGUAGUGUAGAUGAACUACCUUCAUUAGAUUCGGCCCUCUACAGAAGUCUCAGUUAUGUAAAACAUUACGAAGAUGAUGUUUCUCAGUUAAAUUUAACUUUUAGUGUAGACGAAGACCAUAUGGGAAAAGUAGUCACUUAUGAAUUAGUUCCUGGAGGAAAAGCUGUACCAGUAACCAAAGAAAAUAUAAUAAAUUACAUCCAUUUGAUGGCGCAUUUUCGGAUGCAUGUGCAAAUCAAAGAUCAAACCGCAGCUUUUAUAAGGGGUUUUAGGUCCAUUAUUAAUCCUGAUUGGUUGUCAUUAUUUUCCACACCUGAGCUUCAGAGACUAAUAUCAGGUGAUAACGCACCGCUUGACUUGAAAGAUUUGAGAAAGAAUUGUCAGUAUUAUGGUGGAUUUCACGAUUCACACAGAGUAGUUGGGUGGCUGUGGGAUAUUUUGGAGAAGGAUUUUAAUGAUGAAGAAAGGGGCAUGUUUCUAAAAUUUGUGACUAGUUGUUCCAAGCCACCUUUACUGGGAUUUGCUCAUCUGGAACCCCCAUUUUCAAUAAGAUGUGUUGAAGUUGGGGAUGAUGAAGAUACUGGAGAUACUAUAGGUAGUGUAUUUAGGGGAUUUUUUACAAUUCGAAAAAAGGAUCCACAAAAUAGACUUCCGACGUCAUCGACUUGCUUUAACCUUCUGAAGUUGCCAAAUUAUCAAAAGAAAAGUACUCUUAGAGAGAAGUUGAGAUAUGCAGUUACCUGUAAUACAGGAUUCGAACUUUCAUAAAAAUGUACUAUUGAUGUGAUGUAAACAUAUUAGAGAUAAUUUUUAUUCUCAUUAUACAAAUUGUACAGGGAAUUGAUCAGUCAUAUCAGUUUUGUAAAAACUGGUCUUUCUUUUUGUUUAGUUUUUAUGCAAAGGUUUCAUAUGACAAGUAUAUUCAAUCAAAGUUAUAAUGUUCCACUUUUUUGUCGCUAUUGUGGUUCUACUGUAUAGUAACAAUUUGUACAUGAGAAGGCGCUGUAUGCGACUGUUAUUGUCAAACAUUUGAAAUUUUGGUGAGUGUACUUAGUUUAUUUGAACGACUGUGCAAUUCAUUUUGAUGAACGUGAUACUAAAUUAUGUAGAGAUAAAACUGGAAAGCUUUAUUAUUUUAUAUUUCAAAAAAAUAUUUUGUUUCGGCAUUAUACCUACAUGUGGUCAUAUUUGGAUUUAAUGUAUUUAGGUGUAAUGUUAAACAAUAAACUUGUUUUACAA